CCUCAUUAUAGACCUGUAUUACUUUGGGGAGGUUAUUAAUAGAGAGAGAGCGAGGGGAGUGUGUCAUGUCAGGAAAGAAGAAGAAACUGCAGCUUCUCCGCUCCGUUACCAAGUCGGAUGCGGCAAACAAGACGUCAAUCCUGGUAGACGCGUCGAAAUACAUCAAGGAGCUCAAGGACAAGGUUGAAGAAGCAACCGCUGCUUCAGCAGCUGACAGUAGCAGCUCCGGUUCUGGCAGCGCCGUGGCAGCAACAGUACGCAAAUACGUUAAUUAUGUUGUUGCUUGUCGUACGUUGCAGAGGCAAUUGCAUACAAUUUGUAAUCAUCUCGCGGUUGAUCCAUGCACAUUAUGUACAUGUAUUAUUGUGUUUAAUAAGCAGGUGAGCGUCUCAUCAGUGGAUCUGGAUAACAUCAGCAACAGUAGCAGUAGCAGGAGAGGCUUCAGGAUCAACGUGUCGAUGGAAAGGAGCCGACCGGGGUUGCUGGUGUCCGUGCUGGAGGCCUUGGAGGACCUCGGCAUCGACGUCCUGGACGCCGACGUCUCCUUCGGCGAAGACACCGCCUUCCGCCUCGAGGCGCUCGGAUCAGGUGACGGCCAGCAGCAGGCUGCAAGUGGAAGCGUGGAUGCGCAAAAGGUUCGCCAAGCGGUGUUGCAGGCCAUCGGCAAAUGCAUCAACGAUGGCGAUGCAUGAGUAACAGAAGACUCUGAAAGAAACCUGAACAUUCCCAUUGGUCCUUGAAGCGCAAG